ACAAAAUGCCAUUAAUAUGCUGUGAAUGUGGGGUGUAGUGUUCAAAUAAAUGUAACAUAGCAGUGCAAUUCCAGAUUAACCUGUAAGAUAUAGGAGACUUUAGGACAGUGUUUUGGUAAGAAUUUUUCAUGAAGAGGUUGCUGUUUGACAUGGCAGUUAUGGUAGAAGCAUGUUAUGUUGGAGCCCCAAUAAAGGAUCACACCCCCUAAAUUUAGAGGGCUUGUACAUUCUGCUGAGCCUUGCAAAAAAAUAUUUCCAAAAAACGAAAUCUUCAUUAAACUGACUACAGCUCUCUUUCACCCUUUUCCUCCCAGGUUGGUAAAAUGAUGCAUUACUUAAGUACUUUGGUUAAACAAAUAUUUCAGCCAAAAUAUGCAUGCCUAAAUAAAUUAAUCCGAAUGUGCUGGGAUGAGGAACAGCAUCACCUAUAUGCUGGGUUUAACAUAUUUUAUUUUUAUAUGCUGUGUCCCCCACGUGCUAAAACAUUGUAUUUUAAGUGUCUUGCCACAGGCAUUAGAACAUUGGUCGUUCACAGAAAUGCUGCUGAAUUUGUUUCUCGAAAAUGGCCGGCUUGUCCUUUGUGAGUGGGCGCUACUAUCAAAUCUCAGAUUCUAAUUGGUGGCCUGUUGCAAUUGUUUAUUUCCAUUGGUCUAAAAAACAUUCCCGGCUUUGCUUCCCGGUUUGUGUUUGGCUCUCCUCCUGUCUGUUCGCACCGCCCUGUAAGGUAGAGUGGGAGACCCCGUGGCCCAAAGACUUGCGCACGCGCAGACAGGGUCGUGUUGACCGCGAGGAAUUUGUGGGCAAGCGCUGUCUGAUUCUUAUCCCGGGAAAACACACACACACAAAAACCUCCAUAAAUCAGUUUAGUUUUAAAUAAAACACGUCCGACUCCGUCUUGAAACCAAAAUAAAGCCUGCAAGAAGUGGCUGUGUCGGCAGCGGAAUUUGUAAUAUACAGCAGCGCUUCAGUUGGAGAAUGGCUUCUGAGGUGAAUGGCAAUUCUACCCACGCUAAAGAGGAGGAGGAACCCAUGGAUAUCUCAAAUGUAACUCACACAGAGCACUACCAGACACUUAUAGAUGCUGGAUUGCCACAGAAAGUAGCAGAGAGACUUGAUGAUAUUUUUCUAACAGGGUUGGUGGCAUAUGCUGAUCUAGAUGAGAGGGCCAUUGAUGCUCUGAGAGAGUUUAACGAAGAAGGGGCCAUGUCUGUGCUGCAGCAGUUUAAAGAAAGUGAUCUUUCACACGUACAGAAUAAAAGUGCAUUUUUAUGUGGUGUUAUGAAAACUUACAGACAGCGGGAGAAACAAGGGAAUAAGGUACAGGAAUCAACAAAAGGGCCAGAUGAGUCAAAGAUUAAGGCAUUGUUGGAUCGGACAGGGUACACCCUGGAUGUGACCACAGGACAGCGGAAAUACGGGGGCCCUCCACCCGAAGAAAUAUAUUCGGGACAACAACCAGGAGUUGGAACAGAGGUGUUCGUUGGGAAGAUUCCACGAGAUUUGUACGAGGAUGAGCUAGUACCUCUCUUUGAGAAAGCAGGCUCUAUCUGGGAUCUGCGGCUUAUGAUGGAUCCAUUAUCUGGUCAGAACAGAGGAUAUGCAUUCAUCACAUUUUGCAACAAAGACGCAGCACAGGAGGCUGUCAAACUUUGUGAUAACUAUGAAAUCCGGUCUGGUAAAUACCUGGGUGUCUGCAUCUCUGUUGCAAACAAUCGGCUGUUUGUUGGAUCAAUUCCAAAGAACAAGACCAGGGAAAGCAUCUUGGAAGAUUUCAGCAAAGUCACAGAGGGCCUUGUGGAUGUGAUUCUUUACCAUCAGCCUGACGACAAGAAGAAAAACAGAGGCUUCUGUUUCCUCGAAUACGAAGACCACAAAUCUGCAGCCCAGGCAAGACGCAGACUCAUGAGUGGGAAGGUCAAAGUAUGGGGCAAUCCGGUCACUGUCGAGUGGGCUGACCCUGUUGAGGAGCCAGAUCCAGACAUUAUGGCUAAGGUCAAGGUUCUCUUUGUAAGAAAUCUAGCUACCCCUGUAACUGAAGAACUGCUGGAGAAGACUUUCUCUGAAUUUGGGAAGUUGGAGCGUGUGAAGAAACUUAAAGACUAUGCUUUUGUUCAUUUUGAGGACAGGAAUGCUGCAGUGAAGGCUAUGCAGGGAAUGAAUGGGAGAGAACUGGAGGGAGAAGAAAUUGAAAUAGUCCUUGCGAAACCCCCUGAUAAGAAACGAAAGGAGCGCCAAGCUGCCAGACAGACUACCAGAAACACAGGGUAUGAAGAUUAUUACUAUUAUCCUCCGCCACGCAUGCCCCCUCCUGUUAGAGGCAGAGGUAGAGGAGGGAGAGGUGGAUAUGUGUACCCUCCAGAUUACUACAACUAUGAAGAAUACUAUGAUGAUUACUAUGGAUGUGAUUACCAUGACUACCGUGGUGGCUAUGAAGAUCCCUAUUACGGUUACGAUGAUGGCUAUGCUGUUCGAGGAAGAGGCAGCCGAGUUAGCAGGGGUGCCCCCCCUCUCCCCAGGGGCCGUGGGGCUCCCCCGCCACGAGGCAGAGUCGGCUAUUCCCAGCGAGGGGCCCCCAUGGGAGCUCCACGGGGGGGCAGAGGUGGCAGAGGGGGUCCAUCCCAGCAGCAGAGGGGCCGCGGUGUGAGGGGAGCCAGAGGGAACCGCGGAGGGAACGUAGGGGGAAAGAGGAAGGCAGAUGUGUACAACCAGCCAGAUUCCAAGCGCCGCCAGACCAACAACCAGCAGAAUUGGGGCUCCCAACCCAUCGCUCAGCAGCCUCUCCAGCAGGGUGGCGACUAUUCUGGUGAAGAAGCGGCAUCUCCAGCGAUAGAGUGAGGAACACAUCACAGCUGUGUUCUUCAUGAAGGGUGAGCUUGGUUUCAACUCUUCACGACUAACUGGAGGGGUUUCUUCCUCUGGGGUUUAUGGCACUGCUUUCAUUUUUUGGAUGUUUUGCUCAGUACAAGGAUUGAAAUUCCUAUAUUGUGAGGAAAGCUGGACCACCAGCUUUCCAAAUAUGGGUAUCCAUCACUUUCCCAGUAUGUCUGUGACUAGUGUUUAUGGCAAGUUGACCAAACUGCCAUAAAGAAAAAUAAUCAGAAGUACUUGGUCAGUUUUUGAUAUAGCCAGGCUAAUGGGCAUUUCAAUCCUUCAAUCAGUUUAAGAUACAGUACAGGGUAGACAACAAGCAACAGAGAGUUUUAUUUACUGAGCAAAACAUCAAGAACAGUUCAGUCCUCAGAUGAAGACUUCAGUUGUGAAGCAUCCCCAAACAGUAUAAAAACCUUAUUUAAAACAAAAGGUUAUUAUAGCGUGGCAGGCAAGUACAGCUGUAAGCCUUCGUACAUUUGGUGCACGCACUGCCUAAUAUAUUUAUAUUUGGGCGCAGAAUUGCGGAUGGAUGUCUUGAAGGGAAUCCGUGACCCUCGGACACAAAUAGCAGGCUGGCGCAAAUUUUGUCAAAUAGUCACGUCUGCAGGAGACGGUGCUCUCAACUGCAACAUGUUGUUAAGGUUGGCCCUAAGCACAACUGUUAACACAUUGUAGUCCACUUAAGUCUGUUAAAUGUGUUUGCAGAUUUCUAUUGGAUGUAUUAAAAAAAACGUUCCCCAAGUCCUGCAGUCAGGACCAUCGCGCUUGAUACCCUGGGAGGGCAAACUUCAAGGUUAAACAACAAAGAACAUGCAUUUCUUCCAGUUUGUUUGGCAGCAAUCCACUGUGUUCUGUUGUUACUGGUAAAAAGGAUUCUCCCAGCCUGAGAAGAUUGAUUCAGCACUGAGUUGAGCCUCAUGGCUCUUCUUUUACAUUUCUUAAAUCUGAGGACUAACCAGUUCCAUGUAUUUGCUGGUACAAUUGGCACCAAACCUGUGCAUUACACACUUGGACGCACAACCCGAUUGAUCAUUGAUCAUGAUCGGGCACCGGCUAUUGUAUAGGGUGGAUAUGCCAAUACAUGUAAAAGUUAUAUAUUUAUUUUAUUUAUAUUGUGAUUAUAUAAUCUAGCUAGAUAAAUAAUAUUUUGUUGAUCUAAUUUAUAGUAUGGUGAGCAAGAUAAUGUGUCUACUGUCAUGAUUCAUCACUGUUUAUGUAAUUUAGAAUAGACCCACAUUUGAAUUACUUGCUCUAUUAUUCUGUUAUAGUAUAUGCUUAUUUUGCAUGUUUUAUAAUUUUAGCAGUAACGUCUUUAAAGUGUUCAUAAACAAACAAAAAAAAAAAAACUUUUACCAAAUUUUGUAAUCUCCCAUACUGUGGAGUGCAUUAUUUCAUUAUUUGUAAGUACUUCUUGGAUGGAAUAUAUUGUCAGUCAGGAUUCCAGACAGGGUUUUUUCUCUGUGCAGGUAAUGUCCUGUGAGGUAGAUCCAUUCUGUAAUACUAAAGUCAAGUUUUAGUUUUUGCCCUUUUUAAUGACUUUCUUCAAGUAAACACAGUGUGAAGCAUGAGGGCCCCAGUAAAUAUAAAAACCUGUGCCUGGGCAAUAUAAUCCUUUAUGAAUACAACUUUUUUUAUAUCAACUACCCAUGCUAACUAAAUUCCUAUACUAAAGCUGGCUUAUCCGGAACGUGUCUACAGAGGUAGACUUUUCUUCAUAAAAUAACAAUUAAAUAAAUGCCAGCUGUGAGGACAAACUUGGGUAUCGUUCUAAAACCCAUAAUGAAACAAGUUCUUUAUUCUCUGGCUAUUCAAAUUCUUCGAAAACUCUGACCAGAACCUAUUUGCAUACAUAUUUCUAUCAAACAGCUAUUAGCCUGUUUUUAAUUAUAUAAACAUGCAAUAUUAAAGGUUAAUACUAGCCAUUCUUCUGUCAUAUUUCAACCAAAAUGAUUCUCUAUAAAGAUCUGGUGAUACAAAUAGAUCACAGUAAAGGUCAAGUUUACAGAUUCAUUAUUUUCUACAUAGGACUUGGCAUGAUUCAUUUUAAACCCCUUUUAUCUGUAUGGGAAUGUGAAAAACUUGGUGCUAGUCAUAUUGGUACAGAAAAAAAACAAAACAAAAGAACAAUGUAGAUGGUGAGAAUUUUUUAUUGAACCAGCAUAUAUCAUAAAUUCAAGUGUGUCACAUGAAUAGACCUGUUUUGAAAGCUUGUGUUUUGAACUUGUAUAUUGGUCCAAUGGUUACCAGCAUUUAAAAAAAAAAAAAAUUGGCAAAGUAUUAAAUGUUUUGCAGUUCAGACAUGCUCCCACCCAACAAUAACUUUAUUACGAGAUGGAAUAGAAAGCUCUUUAUGAAUAUACUUCAGUUAAACUGACUUCCCCUUGAGGUCUUUGCUUGCUUGGGACGGUCAGUGACCAUUGGGCUGCCAGCACAAGCCCCUGUUUAACAACCACUGAUAGGUGGUAAGAAAUCUCUAAAUGUUUAGUUCACCUCUAGGAUUCGGGCUGUUACAUGAUAAAAAAUAAACUCACAGUACAUGCAGAGUGUCAAAACAUUACUGCAAAAGUGUUUGUCCUGCUAGCCCAGACACAUAAAAAUAACCACAUUAAAGAAUAAAAAACAACAUCUCACCUUAUUGCAAGAAAAUGUACUAUUCAAAAGGAUUUGCAAGAAUUGGAUUGGAAAGAAACGCUAUAUUUCUUAAAUAAACAACUAAACCUUCAAUGCUUUUGAAGAUUUUAGCUAUAAUAUUUGUUUUUUUCCCCCCCUAUUUAUCAGUCAGUCUUGCUCACAUAUAUAUUGCUAUUACUUAGUCCAUACAUGCUUUACAAAUCCGUAUUUUUCAAUUACAUCCUUUUUAAUGCAGGUCCAGUACAGUCUUUUAUUUUUGCAAGUGAAUACUGUGAAUAGGUGAAUAAACCCGAGCUGUGGUGCUUGCACAGACCUUUAGUGAAUCUAAACUGAGGGUUUAUGUGUUUUGAAAAGGUAAGUGUCAACAUUUUUUAUCCUGUAACAGAUGAAAGUGUUUUCCUCUUUGGUUUAAUUAUUGUUUAGUUAGUCCAAUAAAAGGUGUCGCAUCUCCUUCUCUUUUUCUAUCCUCUUUGGUUAUCAAUCGCACAUCUGUCCUGGCUCAAACCUACCAGCAGUUCUCAUCAUUGUUGAUCUUUUUAUUUUUAAGUUUACCCCUGUGUUGGUUAGUAAUAUGGUUUUGUAACAUACAUAGAGGGAUAACCAUGUAAUAUUUUAAUGUUUUUUGUGCAUGGAAAAUAGCUUGUUUGAAUUGUGAUGGCCAUUUUUAUUUCCCUGUUGUGCAUUACUAUAAUCUAUUUACUGGGCUAUUCCCCGACAGUUGUUGCUGCUAUGUAGUGUAGUGUGGUCAGCCUUCCAGGUAUACAUUAUAUAAACCAGUAUGUAUCAAUCUUUAUCUUGUCAGUCACCAGCAAUUGCAACAGAUUCGGUUCAGUUUGAUAAUCACCAAAUGCUAACCAAAUACUGGGUUUGCUGUAAUUUGGCCCUUGUCUGAAAAACUAAACAGAAUCUAUUCUCAUGUUAUAAAUAGAUUAACUCCAUGUGCAUACAUGAUUUAAGACUUUGCUGAAUCCAUUAAAGAGCUGGCAUGUGCACGCACAUUUUAAAAGUCAUAUAUUUUUUCUUUAAAAAUUGAAAAUGGAUUUGUAUUCAUUCAGUCCCUGAUGUUACAUCGCUAUGAGAAAUAAUCUUAUACUCUUCAGAGUAUUGAAUACGUAUAGUGCAGAUUGUCACUAAAAAGGUUGCUUGUAAGUAGUUUAAAAAAAACAGUUGUGCAGUAAACACAUUGCACUGAUAAUACCAAUCUAAAUUGAGGUAGACCAAUACUUUAAAAACAGCAAACUUAAGUGGUACUGGGUUCAAUACUGUGGAAGAUGGAAUUAAUUGAAAUGUAUUUUCUUCUACAACAGGUAUUGGAAUACAAACAGGCAUUUUCACUGCAAUUUUUCUUAAUUUAUACAUUGGAAUGCAUAUUUUCAUUAAAACCUGUUAUUGUUGGAAAACUAUAAAAAAAUAAAAUAAUAAUUGCCCUCCCAUUUUUGUCAAUUGGCAGAACCCAGCUUGAAAAAAAGCAAAACAAUCUUGGACCUGUUUGAUCACUCAUGUACUGUACUCACAUACAUUGUUUACAGACCAUAUGCUGGGUGCUUUUUCAUACAUAUUUCAUCAAAUUUUACAUGAUGACAUAAAAAGAAUCCUGAACAUAAAGUGCCCUCAAUUUCUUACCCCGUCAAGUAAGCAUGUCACAGACAUUUAAUUUGAUCAUUUUCAGUAGAAGACAUCAAAACUUAGAGUACAAUGUCGAGACUGUUCCAAGUAAUACUAAUAUUAUGACAAGUGCCAUAUUCCUAAUUUCAGUAACGGAUCCUGUAUUAGAAUGGGAAAUGAUGUCCAUAGAAAAUUCCCUAGUGUUUCAUUGUACAGUAAAAUUGGCAAGUUCAAACCGGCAGCCCUUCAGAUGUUGACAUAAAAGAUUGACCAAAUCCAGUUCCUUGUAUGACUCGCAUCCAAGAACCUCGAGAAACAUAAAUUCAGUCACUGCCUGGUUUCUGUUUGUUAAUGAAAUGCAGAAACAGUUCGACCGCAGUGAGAAAAAAAAAACAAACAAAACAUUUUAUUGUUUGACUGGUCAAGACAAAUUCUGAGUGAUGUAAUCUACGUAUAUACUGAAAGCAGAAAAAAUGAUCCAAUAUAGUUUAAAUGCUUUGACACAGAAAUCCACGUGCUGUUUCCAGCUCUCCUGGUUUACAACAAAAAAAUCCAGCAAAAAAGAAAAAUCUGAUUUUCAGAUGACUUCCAAGAAAGAUGUAAGUAAGUAAUUUUUGUGUUUUAACUACUUCCUUUUGUCACCUGACUAUCUAUCAGGGAAGCGUGCUUGAAGCUGCCCUGCCCUGACCUGACAUGUCAUGAUGUCGGCUUGCUAGGUGGGGUCUGUGAUGAAGACAGACUAUGGACACCAGGGUAAGAAUGGAUUUUGAAUGUCUUUUUUUUCCCCUUGCCAAGGUAUACUUAUUAAUUUAAGUAAACACAAACAAAUAAUUUGGCAUUUUUAUGCUUCAAAUUCCAAUUCUAUCAAAAAUGAUAAAGGAAUAUUAUAUAUAGGGAUUGUAUAGGGUGGUACAAGAUGAUAUCCACUUCACGAGGGGUCAGAGUUCGCCAGCCGCUCUGUCCAGCACUUCAUGAAAAUCAGCUUGUAUCUUACAUAGCACCCUAUACUAUAUUCUUAUAUAUACAGUAGUUAAAUAAGAAUGUAACAAAGUAUCAUUUUUGAAUGUACAUUGUACAUGAAAACUACAGCAAUGGUUAAAUAUAGACUAAAUAUGUUUCAAUCAAACAUUACGAACAUUGGCCGCAGACUUGUCUUCAAGGCACGCUUGAAAAGAAAAUACAAACCAACUAGGACAUUUCAUGUUGAUGUAAGAGAUAGCACAGUUAAAUAAAGUAAUUUACCUCACUUGCACAGUAGGCUAUAAUUAGGGCUUGAGGUUUUCAGGUUUUAUUUUUGAUCACAUGAUGUCCCUUUAAACUUAUUUUGAGCCGAUUCUGUUUUUCCUCAUUAAACUCAGAAAAAGCUGUUAAUUACAAAACAAUUGUCUUGAUAUAUUUUCUUGUCAACAUAAAAUACCCAGUACAGAGUGUAUUCACCCAUGAUUUGUAACAAAGAAAAAAUAUGCAGUUGUCUCUGGCCAAGAGAACACCCCUGGGGAAGCAAGCGAAGUGUCCUCUGAGCCGAACUGUUCUCUAAGACAGAGAUGGCCACCGGACACAAUAUGCCAAGGCCAGUCACGAUAUCAAUUAAUAAAUACAAAUGUAUUUGUCACUUAUGCCAUGACGCACGUGCAUCAACAUAUGACAGGAACAGAAUAAGUAAGAGAUAAACAAUAGGCAAGCGUCUGUUAAUAAACUAUAAUAAUAAACUGACAAACUAACAGAAAUAAACUAACUGACAAACUAAAUUAACAAAGCACUCCUACAGACAGUAAAAAUGCAGCAGUGGCUAUAACAGGAAUUAUGAAGAGGAGAAUUCAUUUUUAUAACAAUCGUUAUAAGCAGCAUCCCUACACAUGUUAAAAAUGCAGCAGCAGCUCCAGAUUACUCUUGCGAUGACAAGUCAGUUUUGAAAAGAUUGAAUAAACCAUUUGAAUUUGAGUUUUAUGAUGAUGAGUUAUUGGGUUGCAAAACAAAAUCGCUAUCGGUGCCAAAAGGGUGUUCUUUUAAGCGACGUUCCAAAGUUUACAAUGGGAAAAUUCAGUUUCACCACAAGGUUGUUCCCUAAGCUGAAGUGUUGUCUUCACAGCCACUUUUGCAGAAACCUAUCAUCAAAGCUGUUUACAACCAGUUGAUAAUGCACUCCUAAAAUCCAUAUUAGUUACAAUACAAUAAAUAAACAGUGCUUAAGAGACCUUUAUAUUAUAAGCUGUUUUCCUACCAAGGCAAAUCACAGCAGUGUGCUCUUGCAAACAGUUAUACUCAUAGAUCUAUUUAUAGCCAGUGGGUGGGUGUUUCAGUCUGCUGUAACAGUCUACUGUUGGGCAUGUUUCGUUCCCCUGCCGUUACGAAGGUGUGUUCAGAUUUGCAAAUCAAUCCAACAAGAAAAUAUAUAUUUAAGGUAUGUGCAAAGCAAGCUUGUGCACCCAAAUUAACUAGUUGUUUGGUUCUAGGGGCACAUGAGGAGCAAUUUUGGCCUACACAAAAAGCAAGUCAAGUUGAAUUGCUUUCAGGAGCAAUCUAUAGCCAAAAACACAGUCGCACGCACGCACGCACACAUACACACACAAACACUAUUGCUUGGUUGCCAGGGUAAAGCCCGGAAGUGUCUUCUGAGCGAAAAUUCAGGCUUGGCAAAUCUAAGACACAUUUGCUUCUGAUAGAGUACCAGGCUGAUGUAGAUCAUCCAGUUUCAGACUGUCUUGUCAGUGUCACAUAUGAUCCUGAGUUACGGGCUGCUGGCCCACACAGCAUUGAUCAAACGGUUUCCUGGACGUGCUAGACAUUGACAUCUGGUAUGACUGUUAACAAGGAGCACAGCUUCUCAAGGCUAGUCUUAGUUGUAUAACAUGCUAAAUAUUUAUAAUAAAUAAACCAAUGCAACUCAAGCUGUUGCAUAAAUAAGCUUCUGUAAUACAGUGCACAUUUAGAGGAGUACAACAGUCAUUACCUUACAGUAGAUACCCUCACACUGUAUCUUCUGCUUAGUUUGAAGCAGCAGGAACACUCGACUUGUCAGCUGUCGCUGUAAAUGAUCUUGUUAUGAACAAACCUGUCAUGUAUGAAAUACAGUGUAUCCAUGUCGCUUUAACAAAGCUGAUUUACAGAAGCCAUAUUAUAGGCUUGCAUGUGAAGCAUAAUACAUGUCUGUGGUACCAAGUCCUGCCUCUUUGGUAAAAUAAUUUGAGAGACAUUGCGGUCAUGGUAUUUGACGUCUCAGCCCACAGCUCAGUAACCCAGAGCAGAUGACCAGCAUUUAAUGCAAUGCAGCAAUCACGUUCGACAGCAACAAAACAGACCUGAGGUGUAUUCAGUUGAUCUCAACAGUGACACUGUUUAUAUCAUUACAAUAGGAUCCUUGGUCUACCAAGGUUAAGCAAACCAACAUCUUUAACUGCAUUUGAGGCUCUCCUUUUGUCUUUUAAAAGUAUGCAAUAAGCCAGGGAGGGUUCUUGAUUAAUUUGGAUCUACCACUGCUUUUUAACCCUUUCUGCUUUGUCAGAGACAUUUGACAUCACCAAGCGGAAUACAGUAUAAACGAAUGGAUAUGAAUCAACUUAUGAUCCAGUUCAGAGCAUGCCUCUUGAUGGAUCUGCAGAGCAGCCCAUAGAAAUGGCUGCUGAUGGCUGUGCUAGUAUAAAACAGUCAGUAGUCUGUCUGUUGAGCUAAAUGAAUAGAUCCCCCACUGAUAGUUCAGGUAUUUUCUAGCUGUCCGUGAUGUAUAUAGGUUUCUAUGAAAAGAGGCUAGUUUAAUUGCUUUCAGGAGCUACUAGGUAUUGAAAUGCAUGUCUGGGGAAAACAGGAUAUUUGAGAAAGUGUACCAUAAUAUACGUAUAUCCUUCUGUACAGCUAAACAGAUUUAAUUAUUACCAUUUAGCAAAGCUUCCCUUCCCAUGCAUAGCAGAAGAGCGGGACAGCAUGGUGUGCUGACGGUGCUGCCCCCUUGUGGUGGUACUCUUCCAUGACCUUUGGGGAAUAUGCUGAUUGUUGCUGACAUCUCUGACAGGUGGGCUCAAAAUAUUUCUUUAUUUUUUUUCCAUGUCUUUAUUUAUUAUUUACUUUCUUGAUUCCACAUCUUUUAGACACAAUAGUUUAUAUUGUUUUAGUGCAAUAAAUGUAAAGAAAUCUGUGUACAUGGCAACUAAAAUGUAUUUCAAAUCCAGGUGUGGAACAGAAGCACAUUUUUAGAACACUCCUGACAGUAACAACAACUUAUUACUAAUUGUAAUUCCGUAACAAUAACAAACUGAAUUCAAUAUAGAAAUGAAGUUUAUUUGAAAUGCAAAAUUAUAUAUAUGGAUUAAAUAUCCUAAAUUAACUUAAUGCAUUAUACUUUAUAGAUAUUCACUGGGGAUAUUUUAUUCAAGAAAACUGAAAGUGAAAAAAAAAUAAUAAUAAAAAAACUGGGUUUAAUGGUCUUAUAGGUAUAUAAAGUCAUAGCUUUGUAGCAGCUCUGGUAGUUACUUAACCCAGCAAAGUAAUUUUGUUAAACGUCUUUAAGGUUUUUCAGGUAUAAAUAAAGUGUGUUUGUUUCAAACAAGUCUGGACUUUUUAUUUAAUCUUAAUUCCAUUUGUGAUUUUUUUUUUGUAAGUGUAUGUGUUUUAUUGUGAUGUGUCAAAAUGUGUACAGGCAGAGGAUAUGGGUGAAUGCAGUGGUUGCUUACAGGCAGUGGGGCCUAUUUAAAUGAUUUAAACAACGUAGGAUGCAAAUACUGCUUCUGAAGGAGGUUCAUGAUAGGUAGGUGUUUGAGGCUGGUGGCAGUCACAGUUUUCUUUUUACACAGCUUAUCCAAUUCUUUACCACACGUUAUUGCAAUGGCAGAAAGGGUAGCAUUUAAAGCAGUGGUGUAUGCACUUGUAUUAACAAAAAUAAUAUAAAUUAAAAUACAAAACAAUGGUCACCCAAAAGAUGUGCCAUCACACUUAGAACACCAAACCCACAACCUGCAGGGUUUUUUUUUGUGUGUGUAUUGUUAAAAGUUGAUGUUACAGCAUCUCAUUGUGGAUAUUUUGGGGGGUGUCGUGCAUUUAUAGCUAUCGUUUCCACUGUGUUAUUAUCUUGAUGUAGAAAAAUAAAAAGCUGUUUCUAAAAACAUAAUACUCCCUAAAGCAGAAUAAUACAUGCCAAAAAGGAACGCAUAAACAAGCAGUGUGAAGCCAAAUAAAUAAAUAAAAACUGUGGAAUAAAAUGUGCAAUUGUUACUAUUUAAAAUGGAUUUUUUUUUUUUUACUAAUCGUAUUUUUUUUUAAGUGUUCUUGCAAUUUGCUGCAUUGGUGAUUAUGUAAAGACAAUACUAUGCUGUAGGAAUAUUUUAUGGGUUUUAGAGCACUUUGGUUGUGAGGGUGGUAUUUAGGAGAAGAAGCAUUCUGCAUUGUGUCUGCAGUUUCUUUCAAACAAAUGACAGUACAACAUAAAUCCAACACUGCACUGUAAAUGUGUCAAGUGCAUUAUAUCAUAGUAACAUUUUCCUUCCUUUUCUUAUUGGAAACAAGGCAAGUGUAAUUACUUUCAGCCUAGCAGAAACAUGGCUGGCCUGCUGAUGAUGCUGUGGCAGAAACAAACCACUAGAGGGCACUACAAAACUAUUCAACCAGAAACAGUGUAGCUGCAUACAGAGUACCAUACGCAUUUGAGAACAUGAGUUGGGGCAACAUGUAUUUCUUUUUAUAAAAAUGCAUCAAAUGUAAGAGUAGUGGAAGUUCAAAAUGGAAGUGGCCUCUUAUAACUAAAUCAGAACAGCGCCAUAAGGCAGCCCAGCGCUAAAAACACCAGCUCUUUUCAAGUGAAAGAUGUGAAA